AAGACCGUCCUUGUGACCGGCGGCUCCGGCUUCCUCGCGGCCCAUGUCCUCAACUCGUUCCUGGAGAGAGGCUACAACGUCCGGACCACUGUUCGCUCUGAGGCGACUGCCGAGAAGGUCAAGAAGACCCACGCCAAGUACCUCAGCCAGCUCUCUUUCGCCAUCGUUGCGGACGUGUCUGCACCUGGCGCGCUCGACGAGGCCGUCAAGGACGUCGAUGGCGUUAUUCACACCGCGUCUCCCUUCGUUCUCGAGGUUAAGGACAACGUGAAGGACCUGCUCGACCCCGCCGUCAAGGGCACCACUGAGGUCCUUGAGGCUACCUACAAGUUCAACCCCAAGGUUAAGCGCGUUGUCAUCACCUCGUCUUUCGCGGCCCUCAUCGACCUCAGCAAGGGCACCUGGCCCGGUCACGUCUACAAUGAGGCCGACUGGAACCCGGUUACCUGGGAUGAAGCUGUUGCUGGCAACGGCGCGGUUGCCUACCUGGCCUCCAAGGCCUUUGCCGAGAAGGCCGCCUGGAAGUUUGUCGAGGAGAAGAAGCCCAACUUCACCGUCUCGACCAUCUGCCCGCCCAUGAUCUACGGCCCCAACGCGCACUACGUUGACGACCUCUCGAAGCUCAACACUUCCUCUGCCGAGAUUUACGGCUUCAUCAAGGGCGACAAGACGGAGCCCGGCGAGGCCAUGUUCCCCGCAUUCGUCGACGUUAGGGACGUGGCUGAGGCGCACGCUCUCGCCUACGAGAAGGAGGAGGCUGCUGGCCAGCGCUACUUUGUCUCUUCCGACGUCUACAACAACCAGGCCGUCUGCGACGCUAUCCGCAAGGCCUACCCCGAGCUCAACGACCGCGUGCCCAAGGGCGAGCCCGGCAAGCCUGUCGGCGAGUUCUGGCGCGUCGACCACAGCAAGGCUACUCGCGAGCUUGGCUUGCAGUUCCGCAACCUGGAGCAGUCCAUUGUCGACACUGUACGCAGCCUGAUUGACCUG